UGGAGAGCAGUUGUCUGAGGUAGAGUGAAAUAUAUGUACUGCUGCAAACAGCUGCACGGAUUUAGCUUUAAAAGUGGUUUAUUCAAAACUAAGAAGUCCAGGAUUAACACGUUCUCUAAUGAACGUUAUUUGAGCUCACCACCGUUAUUUUCUCAUUGCAUUGCAAACUUAAUUUUCUAGAUUGAACUCUGCCGUCUCUGCCGAGUCUUACCUUCUAAGGACAUUUAAACAUCUAAUACCGUGGAAGCUUUAUUUUUUUAAAAUAUAUAAUAGAGUAAUGUGUACCUACUGGAAUUAUUUUUGAUAAAUUUGACCUGCAUUUGCGUUGUAUAGCAGCAGGAAAUGCAUUUGUAACAACGGAUUUACAACGCUUGUUUUGGGGGCUGUGCUUACAAUGGUAAAAUAAUAUGGACAUAUCCGCAUGAAUUUACAUUUUUGGUCUGAACAAAUACAACUUGUUCUUACACUAAACAUAUGACUGAAAAGAAGCAUGGGGGGGUCUCCUUUGAAGAUACUGAUUUCUCUCUGGUGUCAGUUGGUGGUUGCUGGCUACAGUGUGGAGCUAGGAACCUACGACCUGGAACGAGGCAGACCAGCCAAAUGCGAACCCAUAGUAAUCCCCAUGUGCCAGGGCAUUGGCUACAACAUGACCAGAAUGCCCAAUUUUAUGGACCAUGACAACCAAAAGGAGGCUGCCAUCAAGCUGAAUGAGUUUGCACCUCUAGUGGAGUAUGGCUGUGAUGUGCACCUUCGUUUCUUCCUCUGCUCUCUCUACACCCCCAUGUGCACUGAUAAAGUGUCUACCUCCAUCCCAGCCUGCAGGCCCAUGUGUGAGCAGGCCAGGCAGAAGUGCUCACCCAUUAUGGAGAAGUUCCACUACGCAUGGCCUGACUCGCUGGAUUGCUCCAAACUCCCGACCAGGAACGACCCCAACGCGCUGUGCAUGGAGGCUCCAGAGAAUGACACCAAGACAGAGAUCAAGAAGGGAGAGGGCAUGCUUCCUGUUCCCCCUCGGCCAAGGCAACCGGGUAGCGGUAACGGGCGCUCCACGGGCAGUCUGGGGUCCUGCGAGAACCCAGAGAAGUUCCAGUACGUGGAGAAGAGCCAGUCGUGUGCCCCCCGCUGCUCCUCGGCAGUGGACGUGUUCUGGUCCAGAAGGGACAAGGACUUUGCCUUCAUCUGGAUGACGGUGUGGUCAACGCUCUGUUUCGUCUCCACGUCCUUCACCGUUCUCACCUUCCUCCUGGACCCCCACCGCUUCCAGUACCCUGAACGGCCCAUCAUCUUCCUCUCCAUGUGCUACAACAUCUACUCUGUGGCCUUCAUCAUCCGCUCGGUGGCCGGGGCCGAGAACAUCGCCUGCGACCGGGAGAAUGGCGAGCUUUACAUCAUCCAGGAGGGGCUGGAGUCCACAGGCUGCACCAUCGUCUUCCUCAUCCUCUACUACUUCGGUAUGGCCUCGUCCAUCUGGUGGGUCAUCCUUACACUCACCUGGUUCCUGGCCGCUGGUAAGAAGUGGGGCCACGAGGCCAUUGAGUCCCACAGCAACUACUUCCACAUGGCCGCGUGGGGCAUCCCAGCUCUGAAGACCAUCAUCAUCCUCACCAUGAGGAAGGUAGCAGGGGAUGAGCUGACGGGUCUGUGCUACGUGGGCAGCAUGGACUCUGGAGCGCUCACCGGCUUUGUGCUCAUCCCUCUGUCCUGCUACCUGGUCAUUGGCACGUCCUUCGUCCUCACCGGCUUUGUGGCGCUCUUCCACAUCCGCAAGGUGAUGAAAACCGAAGGCACCAACACGGAGAAGCUGGAGAAGCUGAUGGUGAAGAUCGGCAUCUACUCCAUCCUGUACACGGUGCCCGCCACCUGCGUCAUCAUCUGCUACUUCUACGAGAGGCUCAACAUGGACUACUGGAAGUUCAGGGGGCUAGAGGGCAAGUGCGUGUCGUUCCCCGGGCGCCGGAACGAGGACUGCUCCCUGGAUGCGUCGGUGCCCACUGUGGUGGUGUUCAUGCUGAAGAUCUUCAUGUCUUUGGUGGUGGGCAUCACCAGUGGUGUGUGGGUGUGGAGCUCUAAGACCCUGCAGACCUGGCAGAGCCUGUGCAGCAGGAAGCUGGCAUCAGACAGGACUAGCAGGAAGCCCUGUGGCAGCGUGAGCUGCAGCAGCACACACUGUCAUUACAAAGCUCCUGCCGUGGUGCUCCACAUGGCCAAGACAGACCCUUACUCAGACAGCCCCACACAUGUCUGACACUGACAGACAGUACAUUACCAGUAUGCAGUUCAUUCAAUGCUCUGUCUAAACGCAUGGAGCUACUGGGGUGACAUUGUUGUAAAGCACAGGCUACAGUAUGGAAGUAGACACAGCUUUCCUUAUUUCAGUAUUGAUGCAUUUCAGUAUUGCUCUCUAUAGACACACCAGAUCUGUGGACUGUAUUACACAGAGAUGCUCAACUGCAAUGCAGAAAAGGACUUGCAUGGACAUUUUAAAGGAGAGGCAUUGUUCUCCCCUGAACUGGGUAUAAGUAACUUCAUAAAUAUGUUUAAAUGUUAAACAGUCUAUUUAUUGUAUAUAUAUUUAUUUGAAGUUUACUUUGUUUUCUCACAAGUUUGAUUGGAGUGAACAUGCAUCUAUUAGGCUAAAGAUUAAACUCUUGAGAAUCAAGGAAAAUAAAGUGCCUCUUAUCAAGUUCUUAAGAAUAAUAACAUGUGGUAUACAUUUUCAAACUGCCUUUUAAUUGUAUGUUCUUGGUCAUGGUUUAUUUACUAUUAUUAAGUUCAGUGUGAAUCCUAUAUAUGUUUCAAUAUGGCUUCGCUUCAUUAUAUUGAUUGAGGAAAUUAUAUUUAGUGGAGACUUGAGAGGAAAAUGCAUUGCAAAACGUAUUGCAUCUUACGUUCUCUUUGAUAAUAAUUUGGUUCUAUAAUAAAUAAAUAAAAACAUUUCUCACAAAA